AUGAACUUGUACGCCGGCAGCCAGCUGGUGCAGGCCGCAACUAGGCUGGCCUCGGAUACGACCAACACGUCCUCGAUCUUCUCCCACGAUGAUGAUAACUACGAUGCACGGAUCAAGGAGAUAGAGGAGUACUACAUAAAGACACUGCUGGCGGAAGAGAACGAGAUGGAGCCGUUGGGUGCGGAGCGAUUUCCGACGAGCAAGCAGCAGCUGGACCCCGCAGUUCUUGCACUACAGCAGCCGGCAGAUGGCAUCUACGGGCCAGGGUGGGGGGCGGGUGAGCCGGUUUGGGGCGGCGAGUGGAGUGGCCUGGGCGCUGCGAACGCGGAACCUAGCCUUGAGGUGGCGAUUAACUCUCAUUACCGGCCUGCCAAUGGGAUACUACCGCUGACGCCCGAAAACCUGGCGCUCCUGCAGCAUCCUUCGGAGGAGCCGAGCGCCCAGGGCGAGCAGGCGCACAGCCGGAGGCGAACUUUUGCCCCGGUUCAGUCCCCGGCCCCGCCACCGCCACAGCAGCAGCCACAGCCAUCGCAGGAGAAGGUCAACAAGAUGCUUUACAAGACAGAGUUAUGCGAAUCAUUUGCGACUACGGGGGCCUGCAAGUACGAUAACAAGUGCCAAUUUGCCCAUGGUCUCCACGAGUUAAAGUUCAAGGAGCGGUCGGACAAAUUCCGCACGAAGCCAUGUAUCAAUUGGAGUAAGACAGGCUACUGCCGCUAUGGCAAGCGCUGUUGCUUUAAGCACGGUGAUGACGACGACAUCAUGGUGUACUUGAAAGCUGGUCUUAUCAAGCCAAGUGCGGAUGAACUCAAGUUGAAGGCCAACAAGGCGCCGGAGGGUGCUACUAAAAACAAGAAGAACCUGCAUGCGAAUGUGAAGAUCUUGCAAAGUAUGGCUUGGUAG